GUCCGACCAAACCAGUUUAUUAUCUGAUUAAAGCGUUUGUGUUCAAACGAAUACAAUGUUUUGAAUGCACAAGAAUAACUGAAUAGCUUGUAAAAGAAAGUUAUGUAUGCAUUUGAACAACUAAGAUUAUUUGCUCUUUUUGCAUCAUAUAACCUUUAACGAUUAAAAAAAGACGUUUAAUAUUAAUUGGAACCAGUGGCGCGUGAUGUUCUAUUUAUAGACGCCUGGUGGUUUAAGAUUAAAUCGGUUCGACUAUAAUCAAUAUACUCAAUACUGAGUAUGUGGGACUUGAUCAUUGCAAAAUUCGUAUUGCAAAAUUUCAAAGUAAACAAAUCGCAAAUACAGCAGUUGCCAAUGCGGACUUAAAACGGAGAGCUGUUCGCAGUCGUGAAUACAUGCGGGUAACACGCGGUGGAGGAUCUAUUCGGUAUGCAUUCCUUUCCGACUAAUGCUACAGCGGUAAAGGAGGUGAUUUAAAGAUGUAAUGACAGUUAACAAAGAAACAGCUGUAAAACCGGAGCGAGUAUGAUUGCGGGGGAUAAACAUGUGCCAUGUAGGAAACUACACUUGGGACUGGAUUUACACGGAUAAGAGCGAUUUUCUGAAGACGCUAUGUUGUGACAGUUGCGCGCACUGAAGCCAAUUUCUGCAAAAACCACCAUGACGAUGUUCUGACCAUUUAUACUUCAAAAAGGACAACAGUGUUGUACAUGAAAAUGUCUGACAUCACAACGAGGGCACUGAAAAUUCGUCCGAAUCAAAGCGACUUCAACGCCACUUCAUUGGAAUAUGAUUUCCAUGGAGAAACUACCCACGAAAACGACUUAAUUUGGGAGCUAAACAAAAACAAGGUUAUAGUCUUACUUCCGGUAAUCGUUUACGUCAUUCUCAGCGUUGUUGUCGGCAUAAUCGGGAACACGUUCGUCUGCUACAUCUACUGGCGUCGUCUGCGGCGAUCGCCAUCUCGGAUAUUUAUUUUGUUUUUAGCUUUGCUUGAUUUAAUUUCGUGCGUGGUUGGAGCCGGUUCGGAAUUAAUCGAUCUUUUUCAACCGUACGUGUUCACCGCUGUUUGGUCUUGCAAGCUUCUCCGUUUCGGACUUUCCUUCACUAUCAUAGCGGCAAGCUUUACCUUGAUUUGCGUGGCUUUUGAUCGCUACUACAAAGUUUGCAGACCUUUGGACGCCUUUCCCAUCAGAAAAGUGAAGACACUGUGCAUAGUGGUCGCCACGCUGAGCUUUGUGCUAGCAUUUCCGGCAGUUCUCAUUUUCGGAAUUCGAACCGUCGACACCGGCACACCGGGACUUAAAGGAACAGAAUGCUCAACUCAGGACAGUGUUAAAGGGACGCUCUACCCGGUCGUGUACUAUAUAAUUUUAUUUCUGGCAUUCCUUAUAUUGCUAGGAUGUUUCAUUUUGCUCUAUAUCCGAAUCGGUUCGGAAAUCUGGAAACGCAAACGACUGACAAUAGGCGAGUCACUUCCGGACAAAAUCAAAGUCCUUAAGGAACGACAAAGCCAAGCGUCAAGCGCGAAGCAAGAUAGAAGCGUGCUUCAUGACGACCCUUCAAGUCGUUCGGGACCAACAGACGACGAGUCACGUGGUUCUAAGGGCGAAUCUCGCGCCGGAUGCGAGAAUCUCGCGGUUACCGAGAAUGUGAGCAUGAACAGCAAGAAAUACUCAGCGGCCAAUGGCGAUGAUGGUGCUAAAAGACCCCUGAAACGCAGAACGUCAUCAAUGGGGCGAAUGUCGAUCCGGACAGUGCGGACUACAACUAUAUUUUUCGCGGUGUCGGUCGCGUUUGUGGUAAGCUUUUUGCCGUACCUAAUUGCGAACAUUUUGAAGUUCACAAAGGCUGCCUUUUAUGAGAUUCACAGCGACGCAGAGGAAGUCGUGUAUAACUUCUGUGUGCGCUCGUAUUUUAUUAGUAACUUCAUGAAUCCUAUUAUUUAUAGUAUGUUAAACAUAAAUUUUAGGCGCGAGUGUAAGAAAUUGCUCAAAAGGAUUAUGGAGAAUCUCAAACAUUGCUGUAUGUGCCAGAGAAAAAAUGAGAUGAAUAUCCGUUAGUGAGAUUUCUAGUUUUAGAAACGGCUCGAGGUACAGAGCGCUGAAACUUGUGAAAGAAUAUAUCUGUUACAAGACACGUUUUAGAAAAGAAACUUCAGAUUGUUAAGUUCAUGGAACAGCGAAUAUUAAUGAGUCGCGUUCUGAGAAAACUGGGCAUAAUGCAUGUGCGUAAAGUGUCGUCCCAGAUUAGCCUGUGCAGUCCGCACAGUCUUAUCAGGGACGACACUUUCCACCUAAACUUGAUUUUCGGUAAGGAGGGACUUCAUUGAAGCUAAAAAUACUAUAAAAGCGGAAAGUGUCGUCCCUGAUUAGUCUGUGCGGACUUCACAGGCUAAUCUGGGACGACACUACGCACAUGCAUUAAGCCCAGUUUUCUCAGAACACGACUCAAAUGUUCUCAAGCGUGUGUGAUUAAAUUCAAGUCGUUCUGCGUGAUUACGAUCACAUUCCUAAAUCAAUACUUUGAGAGCGCUUAAUAACAACAUUUAACAAUAAUCACUCUGUACCUGUUUAGCAAACCCAAAUCGCUAUAGCAAGUAUUAUUAUUUAAGCAAGAACAACCCUCUGUUUUCCUGAUUCCGUUUAGCUUUGUGAUUGCAUAUAUUUUGUGUCUGCUUUUGUUGAUUUUUUUGGGUCGCAAUAUUAAUUAAAUUAUAAUUGUAUGUAUUGCAUUUACUUUGUAUUUAUGUUGUUGUAAUGAUAUUGUCAUUGGUGAAAAAAAUCGUCUUGUUA